GACCAGUCCCAUGGCAGGUAUUGGUGGGCAUCUACAAGACACGAUACACUGUACAAUACAAGCAGGGACAGUGCAAAUAAUAGAAGCGCAGAUCUUAUCGCCGAAAUGUUGUCCACCGCUCAGCUGUAUGCAAUGGUAAGUAUUGUUUUGGAUUUAAAGCUGUUUUACACACGUUUUUUGGCGGGCAUUAUUCAAAACUAAUUUUCGAAUUAUUUAUUCUUCAUUGGCAGCCUAAUGAUAUGAAUUCUGAUGUUAUCUGGUUCUCAGGAGACCCUGGAGGCAGAUAUUCGUUCCAAACUCGUUUGGAACACAGAGGCGAGAGCUGCGCAAGUUGCGCAACGAUGGAUAACGGAAAUUUUUACGCGUGUCCACACCACCUGCGAAGUUCCUGAGCACGCCGUUUUUGGACCAUGUGAGCUGAAACACACCUCGGUUUAUGACAGCAUCGCCUUCAUCGCUCUCAAGUCUAUGGACAGAAGAACGACACCAUACAUUUUAAGGGUGAGAACAUGGACUUAAUGUGUUCCAAACGAAUGGCUGGCCAGUUUCUCAUGCCCGCAUAAUUGUCUAAAAUUCAUCGAACCUUUUCAGCUAGCAAAAUGCUGUAUUUUACUUGUUUUUGUAAGACCUGUUUCUAUUUGGCUACACAGGUGAACACCUCAGCGCACAAAAUGGCCACUGACGGUCCGAUGUGGCUGCGGCUCGUCCAGUCAGCCCGGAGCAGUGAGGAACAGAACCUGGAGGCCUAUGUGAAGAACGGACAACUGUUCUUUAGAGCCCUCAGGACGAUCCAGAAGGAAGAGGAGCUUUUGGUGUGGUAUGGGAAAGACCUUGCCAAGCUUCUUCUACUGAACCCAUUGCAGAUGCGAAGCAAAGGUAUACAUACUCUAUGAAUGUGUUAUUACAUGGUAAUAAAAUAUGAUGUCUUACAAUAUAUAGAUAGAUAUUAUUCAUAGCAAUUUUCAUGAUUUAAAUACUGACUGCAAUUAAAUAUUAAACAGCAAAACUAGAUUUCGUCAAUACAUUUGUACAAUUCAAAGACUAUUGGCAAAGUUUUAUGUCAUGCAAUAUUGGCAGAAUAAAGUGAUAUUAAUCCAUAUCCAUCUUUAUAACCAGGUGCUGGUCCGUACACAUGUACAAACUGCAUCCAGGGCUUUGAGUCUGAGUUCCCCCUCCUGGCACAUUGGAGAUUCCUUUGCACACAGAGACAACCAAACAGCCACACCACCAAAUCUGGUCAAGACAACACCAACCACUUGAAACCUGACUCCCUUCCUAUUCAUGCCUUCAAACUGAGUAAUCCAGAGACAAGUCCACAGGAUGGAAAACCUGCAACAGACUUCCACAAUCUAGCCAGGGAUAUGGAGAAUACCAGUAAUAAGACAAGCUUGUCUGGUACCAGGCCAGCAGGGAGUACCUUCAAAAGGAAACACACGGAGGAGGAUAGGAAUAGCCCCCAGCCUCUAGUCAUAAAGCAGGAACCACUGGAGAGAGGUUACUGUACUUUGAACAUGAACCAACAACCUAUCCCCGUCUCCUGUCACCUGCCCACCAAUAUAAUAAGGAACACCUUCACUGAAGACAGAACCACUCAACUAAAACCACAACUGAAGACCUCAGGGCCUGAAGACAUCAGAUCCAACCCACAGAACCAGAGCAUUCAGCCAGGUAGUGGCCCAGCAGUGGAGCAGAGAGACUCAAAGAAUAAUGCUCUGAAAGACACAGAAGCUCUGUCUCCAUCUUCAUCACGCUCUGAGGAAACCUCCACUGACUCUCCUCCUGUCACCUCUGCCUUCAAUCAAGUCUCUGUCUCAGAGAACAGUAGAAGUGCCUUCUCCCAGCCCCCACGCUCUGUUCCACUUCCCCAGACUACCCCCCUGCUUGAGAGGGCUAAAACCUCCAUCACUACUCCCACUACUGAUCUCCACAGACCUGUGCUGGUCCAGGGUGUUUUGAAACAGAGGCACCCUCUCUACAGCCCAGCAGCUCUCUGGCCCAGGACCCCAGGGAGACCCCUGCAGGUCCCGAUCCCCCCCUCCCCGGUGCUCCUGUCCCCUUCCGUCUCACGGCUCUCGCCCCUCUGCCAGCCGGCUCAGAACUGGUGUGCCAAAUGCAACAUCUCCUUCCGACUGACUUCAGACCUGGUGCAGCAUAUGAGGUCUCACCACAAGAGGGCGCUGGAUGCCACAGGAUCUGUGUGUGGGGUGAAACAACAGCAUCACAGGGAGAGGGAAGAGACGCUCAAGUGUUCAAUCUGCAGCGAGGUCUUCAGACAACAUCAUCACCUCGCACGACACUUGACCUCUCAUACA